AGUCGGAACUAUGUAAAAGUUACUGUACUCCGACACAUUAACAAGUUAGAAGUGACUUCUGCUGACAAGUGGAACACAAGGACAGAGAGACAAGCAGAGAAGUCAAUGCAUGACUGAAAAAAUCCAUCCCAAAGAGGAUUUAAUACGUCUUCUAUGCUGCUGAAAAGAGGCCCAGAUGCUUCAGGAUGAAUCAGGUACUUCCCAGCCAGAGCUCAGCUUCAGGCCUGCUGGAACCAGACAGCGAGGAGUUCCAGCUCAGAGUGGAUUUCUUCAGGAAACUGGGUUACUCCUCCACAGAGGUGAAGGCUGCCCUGAGGAAGCUGGGGCUCUGCACAGACACCAACUCUGUGCUCGGAGAGCUGGUUAAUAAUAGGACCAGCUCUGCGCCCUGCAUGUCCAGCUCUGAAAGCCAUGACAGGAGCGCAGGCCAAAAAGACCCUCUGCUGCCUCCCAGUUGGACCCUCGGACCUAGAAUCACACCACAACUGGGGGACCGAAAGAACACAGACUCAGAAUUGAGGCCUGUUGUUAUUGACGGCAGUAAUGUUGCCAUGAGUCAUGGCAACAAGGAAGUCUUCUCCUGCCGUGGCAUUCAGCUGGCAGUGAAUUUUUUCCUGGACAGAGGUCAUAAUACCAUCACUGUGUUUGUUCCCACUUGGCGCAAAGAGCAGGCCAGACCUGAUGCCCCCAUAACAGAUCAACACAUACUGAUGGAGCUUGAAAAACGUAAAAUAGUGGUCUUCACUCCAUCGCGUCGAGUUGGGGGUAAGCGGGUGGUUUGCUAUGACGACCGCUUUAUUGUCAAGUUGGCGUAUGACUCGAACGGCGUGAUCGUGUCCAAUGACACCUACCGUGACCUCCAGGGCGAAAGACCUGAGUGGAAGAAAUGCAUCGAGGAGAGGCUCCUCAUGUACUCCUUUGUGAAUGACAAGUUCAUGCCCCCUGAUGAUCCUCUGGGUCGCCAUGGCCCCAGUCUGGACAACUUCCUUAGGAAAAACCCUCUGCCUACAGAGCAAAAGAGACAGCUCUGUCCAUAUGACAAAAAGUGCACCUACGGCAUCAAAUGUAAAUUUUACCAUCCAGAGAGAGCUAACAAGUCCUACCUGUCCUUGGCUGAUGAACUGAGGGAGAAAGCCCAGAUUUCUAUAGUAAAAGAAGACAGAAAUGCCAGAUUAUCACCCAAACAGCUUCAGUCUGAUACUGGGCCUGCUCAUAAUACCUGUUCACAUCCUCGAGACUCAGAGUUCAUUGGAGACAGAAAAAAUUCUUCAAAUCCCAGGCAUGGUAGUGGAAACAAACUGGUGUACUCGGAGGAUCCUGGAAACAGUUUGAAUCAUAUGCCCUGUUCUGGAACAGGAGGCCAGAAAGAUUGGCCUGGGCUGCAAUUGGUGCAGAAUCAUUACUAUGCCAACAUCUCUCAUGAGUACCUUGACUCCGGUCUCGGCUCUUUUGAGAGCCAGUACUCUGAUCAUUCGCAUUGCCACAGCAACUCCCACAGGCUCAGGUCCCAGCAGCAAAGUGCACUCGCUGGACCCAGACACAACUCAGUGCAUUUAGGGAAAAAUAACACCAGCCACUCCUGUAGUUGCUGUUCCCAUGCAGUGUCCUCAACAGCUCACCAACAACAUCAUGGAAACCUGGACUCUAUGGGUAAGCCCAACUAUCCUCCUCAAAUGUUCCCGCCAAGUGUGCCACAACAACGCAGCCUCCCCAGCCAUCUCCAAUAUAGUGGAGGCACCCAUUAUCAACAACAUUACUGGUCAGAUCCCUUUCAGGGGCAGCCCCAAGCCAGGACAUUGUGUAGUCUCUCCUCUUCGGUCCAUUCCUCACACUCACACGACUCUUGCUGCUCUUACAAAGGCCAUGAGUACCAUCCCUGGGGCCAACAACAGCCAUCCUCUGCUACAUUUGACCCACAAAGGUUGGAACUCCGCAAGAAACUGCAAGCCAUCUUCAACCCACAUGAGGUGGAUACAGUCAUGGAAAUGUUCCCACAUUUGAUGGAUGCAGAGAAACUGGCUGCAAAGAUCCUCAACCUGAAGGCUCAGAGAGGGAUAUUCUGAUGACUUUCCUCCCUUCAGUCAGAACUAAUAUGAUACUUGUGUUGACCUCAGUUAUAUCCAAAAGGUAUGUCAUAGCAAAUCGAGACUUUCUCGGGAAGCGUCUAGUGUCUAUAGUUGAAUGAUGUUAAAGCUAAUUGCAGAAGAGGUUUUAUUCUUUCUGAUGUUUCAUUAUGAAAGGGAACUUUUCGCUCCUGUUCAUGAACAGUUUAGAUAAUCUGUUCUCAGUUAUAUGCAUUUGUAUGACACUGUAGUCCAAUGUGACCUUGUCAUCCAAGUUUGGAAUGAAAAGGGCCUCUAGACUAAAGUAGUUAUGACUGAGCUUCUAGAGUUUUGACUGUUGAUGCAUAUUGUAUCAAAUGUGAUCUAUUUUAAGUUCUUAUGCAAUAGGAAUUUGCUGUAUAAGUAUUACUUAUUCUUUUACUUUUGCUGUAGUUCUCCAGAACAGCCUGCUGUUCCACAUUAUCUCUGUGAGGUAUAGCUAAAGUAUAUAUUUCAACAUAUUGUGGCCACUCAAUGUAUUCAGCAAAGUAUUCUGACUCUCAAAUAGUAUUUACAGUAAAUCCUAUUGAAACUGAGGAAAAGCCUUUGACACUAGUGAAAGGAGUUUGUUGGUGCAUCAUCACCUUUUUCCUGUAAAUCAGUAUCAAUUUCAUGGAACAUUCUGCAUGCCACUACAUGCAUACUGUGUGAUUGAAUAUGUUGUAAAGCAAACAAUGAAAGUACGGAAUUUAUGUUCUCAUGAACACAGAUUUAUGUUCUCUUACACUUAAUCAGAUCACUUACUGUAAAUGUAUACUGUUAAGAUAAACCUUAAAUGUAAGCAUGUGUAAGAAAAAACACAUGCCACUGGAAAUAAAAGAUG